CUAGGCAUUUUUCUCUUCUUUAAUGGAAUAUCUCUGAUUUUAACUUUCAUUUAUUCCCCGACACUUUCCAAAUCCCUCUGGUUGUUUGAAAAGUUUUAUAAAGAAAAGGCAGAGGAUUUAACCCUGAUACCUGUUUGAACAAGUGGAUAUACCUCCUGUGCUUUCUUGUUUCAGGUUUCCAGAUUAAAGCUUUCACAUCCCUGCGCUUCCUGACAGAACCUUCUGAUGCUGUCACUAUGCGGGGAGGUAAUGUCCUCCUGAACUGCUCUGCAGAGUCUGACCAAGGAGUCCCAGUUAUCAAGUGGAAGAAAGAUGGCAUCCACCUAGCCUUGGGAAUGGAUGAAAGGAAGCAGCAACUUCCAAACGGGUCUCUGUUGAUACAAAACAUACUUCACUCCAGGCACCACAAGCCAGAUGAUGGACUCUACCAAUGUGAAGCUUCUUUAGGAGAGUCUGGGUCCAUAAUUAGCCGGACAGCAAAAGUUGCCGUAGCAGGACCGCUGAGGUUCCUGUCCCAGACAGAAUCUGUCACGGCCUUCAUGGGAGACACUGUGCUUCUCAAGUGUGAAGUCAUUGGGGAGCCUAUGCCAACAAUACACUGGCAGAAAAACCAACAAGACCUGACUCCAAGCUCAGGUGACUCUCGCGUGGUGGUCUUGCCCUCUGGAGCAUUGCAGAUCAGCAGACUUCAGCUGGGGGACAUCGGCAUCUAUCGAUGCUUAGCUCGGAAUCCAGCCAGCUCAAGGACAGGCAAUGAAGCAGAAGUCAGAAUUCUAUCAGACCCAGGACUGCAUAGGCAGCUGUAUUUUCUGCAACGACCAUCAAAUGUAGUAGCCAUUGAAGGAAAAGAUGCUGUCUUGGAGUGCUGUGUUUCUGGCUAUCCUCCCCCGAGUUUUACCUGGUUACGAGGAGAGGAAGUCAUCCAACUCAGGUCCAAAAAGUAUUCCUUACUGGGUGGAAGCAACUUGCUUAUCUCCAAUGUGACAGAUGAUGACAGUGGGACUUAUACCUGUGUUGUCACAUAUAAAAAUGAGAAUAUUAGUGCCUCUGCAGAGCUCACGGUCUUGGUUCCGCCAUGGUUUUUAAUUCACCCUUCCAACCUCUAUGUCUAUGAAAGCAUGGACAUUGAAUUUGAAUGUGCAGUCUCUGGAAAGCCUGUACCCACAGUGAAUUGGAUGAAGAAUGGAGAUGUGGUCAUUCCUAGUGACUACUUUCAGAUAGUGGGAGGGAGCAACUUACGGAUCCUUGGAGUGGUGAAGUCAGAUGAAGGUUUUUAUCAAUGUGUGGCAGAAAAUGAGGCUGGAAAUGCCCAGACCAGUGCACAGCUCAUUGUCCCUAAGCCUGCUAUCCCAAGCUCCAGCGUCCUCCCUUCUGCUCCCAGAGAUGUGGUCCCUGUCUUGGUUUCCAGUCGAUUUGUUCGUCUCAGCUGGCGCCCACCUGCAGAAGCAAAAGGGAACAUCCAAACUUUCACAGUCUUUUUCUCCAGAGAAGGUGACAAUAGGGAACGAGCGUUAAAUACAUCUCAGCCUGGGUCCCUUCAGCUUACUGUGGGAAACCUGAAGCCAGAAGCCAUGUACACCUUCCGAGUUGUGGCCUAUAACGAAUGGGGGCCAGGGGAGAGUUCUCAACCCAUCAAGGUGGCCACUCAGCCUGAGUUGCAAGUUCCAGGGCCAGUAGAAAACCUGCAAGCUGUAUCUACCUCACCUACCUCAAUUCUUAUUACCUGGGAACCCCCUGCCUAUGCAAAUGGCCCAGUCCAAGGUUACAGAUUGUUCUGUACUGAGGCAUCUACGGGAAAAGAACAGAAUAUAGAGGUUGAUGGACUCUCUUAUAAACUGGAAGGCCUGAAAAAAUUCACGGAAUAUAAUCUUCGAUUCCUAGCUUACAAUCGCUAUGGGCCAGGAGUAUCUACUGAUGACAUAACAGUGGUUACACUCUCUGAUGUGCCAAGUGCCCCACCGCAGAACAUCUCCCUGGAAGUGGUUAAUUCGAGGAGUAUCAAAGUAAGCUGGCUGCCUCCUCCAUCAGAAACACAAAAUGGAUUUAUUACAGGCUAUAAAAUUCGACACAGAAAAACGACCCGCAGGGGUGAGAUGGAAACACUGGAGCCAAACAACCUCUGGUACCUGUUCACAGGAUUGGAGAAAGGAAGUCAGUACAGUUUCCAAGUGUCAGCCAUGACAGUCAAUGGCACUGGACCACCUUCCAACUGGUACACAACGGAGACCCCAGAAAAUGAUCUCGAUGAGUCUCAGGUUCCUGACCAGCCAAGCUCUCUUCAUGUGAGGCCACAGACCAACUGCAUUAUCAUGAGUUGGACUCCUCCCUUGAACCCAAACAUUGUCGUGCGAGGAUACAUCAUUGGUUAUGGUGUUGGUAGCCCUUACGCCGAGACAGUACGUGUGGACAGUAAGCAGCGAUAUUACUCCAUUGAGAGGUUAGAGUCAAGUUCUCAUUACGUCAUAUCCCUGAAAGCUUUUAACAAUGCAGGAGAAGGAGUUCCUCUUUAUGAAAGUGCCACCACUCGCUCUGUAACAGGUAAGCUGAAGUUCUUAACCCUCUCGUGACAAGGUCAUAAAUGAAUUUGAGUUAUGGUGAGAAAAGAAAAUAAACUAAUGAAAAAUCAAACAAACAAAAAGAAGAAGAAAAGCAAAUAUAUAUAUUGUAAUGCCCUGAGCCUCCUGCCCUCCUUUGGUUUUCUUUAAAAUUAAACAGCAGGAAUUCAUAGACUUAGAGAAUAUAGGUCUCUUAUUCUCCCUUCUCUUGGUAACUUCAUAUUUUGGGUGCCCUGACAUCAUUCUUCACACUUUUGAGCAGCUUGUUUCACAUCAGUGGAAUGUAGGCAUGAGGAGGGUGCCAACACAAAGACUGCCAAAUGUUCAAAUGGACACUUUCUGCAGAGGGUCCUUCUAGCUAAGCCAACAAAGAUGAACUGGUCUUCUGAGGCUGCUAUGGACUAGCUUGAGUCACGCAGGCCUGAAGUUCUCCCCACCAGUGCCCAGAGCCUCUGGGCAUUAAAGGGAUUGGUUGCUUCAAGGGCUCAUCACAUCUAGGAAUUCUUAUUUGAGGUAUACUGUGCCUAUAGGCAGCACAGGAGAGGAAAAGGGCUCAAGGAAAUGAGAACUGGAUGGGUAGGAAGGUGAAAGUCAAGCUAUUCAUGGAGGUUAUUUACUAGCAAAUCUGGGCUUACUCCAAAAUAGAUAACUAACAGCUCUGUGGGGCUGUUCAGGGUCACUGGAGAUUCACAUGAUGAGCCCCCUACCUAGAUUUUUGUCUGAAAUCUGAAAGCAAAAUGCAAGAGAGCAGUCUCUUUAAUUAAGGCUUUGACCCCAUCCUCUCUCAAAAUCAACAACCCUCAGACCUCACUUAACUUAUCAGCUAUAUUUUUUCUUGAGGAGACAAAAAAAAAAAAUUGAGAACAAGAUUUAAUAGCAAGCACCAGAGAGCAUG